UGGUCAUUGAUGUAAGCAAAAAAUUCCUUUAUUUUCCACCUCACACAAAUGAGUCAAAACCAAGAACGUUAUCUUAUCACGUUCGGUAGUCGACUUUAUCAGAAUCAUAUCAUGGCAAAAACAAAAGGUUGGGCGCAAAAAAUUACUACACUAACGCGGUCCAUGCCCAGUAUUAUCAUUUUGCAAUUCAGUUCGGGUCGUUACGCUGGAAAGGGCUAUCGCUUGCUGGUACAAACGUGGUCAAUGUCAUAGGAGGAGGCGCGAAAUUGCGACAAUUAAGAGGGCAGCCGCAUUGUGCAAUGCAUUGGAAUUCUAAUAUUAUUUACAUACAUAUAUAAUUUGUGAAACGAUCAUCCUAACCAGCUUGUGAAGACAAGGCGUAGGCAAUGACUCGCAAACUUGCGAAUUUGUGGGAAAAUUUUGUGAAUAAAUUCUUCUUGUACGUGCCGACUUUUGUAGUAUGCAUCACAUUCCUACCAUGCGGCCUCGUCUUCGGCUACACAAUUUGCUCACUAAUCGCUGAGCGUAAUGUCAAUGCGGGGCUCAUUGAAUAUGGCCCAAUGAUAUUUGGUGCUUGCACUGGCUGCGUGAUUGCCGUCAUCAUGUUUUUGGUGAAAUUCUAUAAGGGACGGAUCAUUUUUUGGCAUAUCCCAAUUUUGUUGUGCGCCGGUGUUAGUAAUUUGCUAGCAAGUUGCUUCUACUUUGCCAAUGGCUUGGACACUGCUGGCGCUUUCAUCUCAUACUUUGCGUACAGUUUAAAUUAUAUAGCUGGUUUGAGUUUUCUACACACAACGCUUCAUAAACGCAGCCGUUCAAUAAUGCUUACUCUUGCAUUCUCAAUCUUUCUGCUUGGUACUGCGUCGGCCGUUAGCCUUGUUGGUACUAGCUAUACGAAAACGGACAACAAUCUGAAUGCAACAGCUACACAAGUACCUAAAGGUCUUUAUGUGCCUUUUGCUGGACUCUACUUCACUAUAUCCAUUGUAAUUUUAGCUGUGCUUAUAGGUUGUAAGGUGAUGGAUUAUUUGGGCAUAGUAGAUUGUCAAAAUAUUUUGGAUAAUGAAUUUCGUAUUGCCAAUUCGAAUGGCAGUAUCUUUGAUAAACGUAAUGAUAUCAUUAAACGUGUCAAGUUUCUUUAUGUGACCAAGAAUCAACAAUGGAACGUAACCUUGGUGGUGCUUUUCACCGAAGCAAUCCAGUAUGCUCUCUUCGUGUACUAUAUUUUUUGGUUUGUAAUGAAUCCAGCCAUCCGAUUGACUGAGGUUGAUAAUGUGGCUGCAAUGCUUUGGGUUGUAUUCGCCGGUUCUGUUGUAUGCAUUUUGAUUGUGAUCUUCUUCAGUGUUAAAGUCACAUUUGUAUCGAAUGAGUGUUGUCUCAUCAUACUGUGUAUUUUGAGCAUGAUCAUUUGCAAUUCUGUAGAUACAACAGUACCACUAUGGUUUAUACUAUUCUUCUUUGGUUUGUCGUUUUCAAACUUACAAAUUUCACUAGUGGAAGUUACGCAUUUCCGCUACACCGAGUUGCUUUUCUUUGUAUCCUAUUUGGCGAAGUUGAUUAGCACUAGCAUGGUGUAUUACUAUUUUGUUUCAAAUUCUAAAAAUUCCUUUUUCUAUGCAACGGAUCGAAGUACAAUUAUGGCACAAGGAUUUGUGUAUAUGAUAAUCACAGCAUUAGUUGCGCUCGUGGUGGGCGUAAAAGUGCCGCGUACACAUUGUAUGACACUCUUCGAAAUACAAUACGAUUUGCUAGGUAUAAUAUUUAAACAACAUGAGAUAGAGCAAUUGGAUGUGACGUGCUUGCAGGAUGGAUCGAUUCCAACGAUAAGUGCACACAUGCACUAUUGAUGAAUGUGAGACAGAUACUUCAUUAGAUUAUAAGUAUAUACAAUGAAUUUAUUUGUAGUUAGGUUAAGAUAAUUUUAUAUUUAAAAAAAACGUGGUAAUAAAUUUUAUUUUCCAAGAAUUUAUUAUUUAUUUAAC